AUGGGAGAAAUUUCUUCUGAGAUGGAGAUGGCUCUGAGUCAACUCAGAACUCUUACUGUCCUUGUCAUUGACAGUAACCCCAUGGAUCUUGAAUGCAUCAAGAAAACAUGCAACCAAUGUUCUAAUCACGUUAUAGCAGUCGCUGAAUCUCUACUUGCUCCGAAUCUUUUGCGGAACAUCAAAGGACGUAUUGACUUGGUACUCAUGGAGGUUCAUAUGCCAUUGAUAGAUGGCUAUGAAUUCCUACAAUUUGUCAAACAGGAGAUUAAUGUUCCUCUCGUCUUGAUGUCUUCGGAUGAUAAUAAGAAUUCUGUAACGAAGGCUAUCGAACUUGGAGCAUUUGAUUAUUUGAUUAAGCCUUUGCGCGAGGAUCAGUUGAAUCAACUAUGGAGAUAUGUUGUUAUGAAGUCCGUAAGUGAAGAAAAUACGAAAGUAAAAGAUAAUGACUGCUUGGAAGAUGAUAAUAAAAAAAGAGGGAUGAAAGUGAAUUCUCAAUUUGCACCUUCUCCUGAUAUUGAAAGGAUCAAUUGCAGUUCCAGGCAAGUUGAUGUUGUUGAUAAAUCAAAGAAUAGUGAUUCACCAAACAGGAAGACCCGUGUAGUAUGGUCAUCAGACCUGCAUAAUCGAUUUCUCAAUGCUAUCCACGAACUUGGACUUGCUACUUUACUUUUGGUCCUUAACUUCUAUCUUUCAGAUGCUGUGCCAAAGAAAAUUCUUGCACUCAUGAAUGUCCCUGGUUUGCAAAGAGGACAUGUCGGUAGUCAUUUGCAGAAAUACAGAAAAGCUUUGGAGACUAAAUCUAAAAAUGUUGCACAGAGACAGCAGCAACAGAAUGAGAGAAAAUCAUUGAUUUUAAGGAAUACAGCGGGUAGGAUGGGUGCAUCUGGAAGAACCCACUUGCAACCUUUCCCUGCUACUACACUGUCAGAUUUUCAUCCUGGUCUCACAGGUAACAUGGUACCAAUAAGAGAGGACCAAUCUCAUCAAAAUAUACAAUUGGCCAACCAUUUUAAUGGGGAACAAGCUUUAGCACAUGGUCAUUCUCUUUCAAGCUUUCAUGACAUAGUCAAUCCCCAGAAUUCUUCACCUGACACAGUGUUAGUUGAAAAUCAGGCUAUGCUUCAGAGCACGGGGAUUCUAGAUGAUGCAUUUAGAUAUACAUCUCGGUCUCCACCAAACACAGUGCCAGUUGAAAAUCAGACUAUGUUUAAGAGUAUGGGGACUUCAGAUGAUGCAUCGAGAUAUAGUUCUUUGUCUUCACCUAAUCCAGUGUUAUUUGAAAACCAGGCUAUGCUUCAGAGAAACAAUAUGCAACAGGGAAGGAUGGAACAGUCAAUGAUGCAACAUCAUCAAAUUCAUCCAAUCAACUUUCAGUCACCUUCCAUGAUGAUUUCUGGAAAUUCUGUCACCCAGAAUAACAGUUUUGGCAUGAACAUUGAUCAUGAUUUAAUAUCACCUCAACCCAGUAGAAAUUCAGUCGGUAUUGUUCAAAUCCAAGGUGGAAAUAACACGGGUGAAGUCAUACUCACAGGAACUUCUUCUUUCCCACAAUUUCAAAAUACAGGUUUGUCAAGUGCUUCUGUGGGACCUUUUGCUGCAUCAAUGUUUGAUACACAAGUUCCCUAUGUUUCUAGACCUAACACUUUUGGAGUUGGAGUUGAUGAAAUAGAUAUGUUCGAUCCAACUGAGUAUGGGGAGCUUGCGUUUGGAUCAUCUGCAAGUGAUUUUCGUAAUCAAAAUAUUGAUUAUCAAACAAACAAUCAAGGAGCAGCUUAA